GUUACAACUUAAAAAAUUUGUAAAUAUUCAUAUUGAAUGUUUUUUCUUCUGUAAUAAUUAUACUUUUUAUUUGUUUUAGACUCCAUGGGAAGGAGGCUUAUAUAAAUUAAGAAUGAUUUUCAAGGAUGACUAUCCAUCGACACCUCCAAAAUGUAAAUUUGAGCCUCCUCUUUUCCAUCCUAAUGUUUACCCAUCUGGGACAGUUUGUCUUUCUCUUCUGGAUGAAGAAAAGGAUUGGCGUCCAGCAAUUACCAUUAAACAGAUACUUUUGGGUAUCCAAGAUCUUUUAAAUGAACCAAAUAUUAAAGACCCUGCUCAAGCUGAAGCUUACACUAUCUAUUGUCAGAAUCGAUUAGAAUAUGAGAAACGAGUUAGAGCUCAAGCAAAGGCAAUGGCACCCCAAGAAUAAGUGGUUUGAAAGGAACAUUGUGAAAAUGAUGAAUAUUUAAGGUAUUGCUAACAUAGUUUUGAAAUGAGUAACUUUCUAUCCUUCCAGUCAGCAACACAUGUAUUUAAUGGAAAGUGGAAGACAUUUACUCUUGUGUGGAGAAGUUUUGGUCUUAAGUUUUAUUUCGCAAUUCUUAAAAAUACUUUCUUUUUUAUAAAGCAUGUAUCAUCACUGCAUUUUGUAUGUUGGUUUACAUUUUUGAUGUAUUUUUUCAAAACUUACUUUUGUGUUAUUGGAAAGAAUGCAUUAAUAUGAUUUGUGACCUUUUCAUCGAGAUGUGUUUUUUUCACUUUGUGAAAAAUGUAUAUAGGUUUCAUGAUAACUGAUAUGUGACAUUUACAUGUAGUUGUGAAUGUAAUUUUAGAAUUUGUGAUAAUUGUAAUGCAUAUUCUUUCUCAUUUGUUUAGAUGUUCAGUAAUAAUGUUUUAUAUCACAGUUUUUCUCAAAAAAUGUAAACAAGAAAGCAGUUAAUUAUUAGCAUGCUUUCUCAGUUUUUCUUAUAAAAUUGCCAUCAAUUGUAAAAAGUGGGACAAUAAACAACUUUUUAAAAAUAAAA